CAGGAUUCGAACCUUUGUGCAGCUUCUUGUGAGGCAGCAGAUUCUACCACUAGCUCCAAGCCUCGGCUGCGUCCAAAAACACCUUAAAAGUGAAGGAACGGAACUAUUAUUGGGCCAUAGAUCAAGCCCAUAUAAUAAGAAUCCACUAGAUAGCACCUUUUUCUCUAAUCCCCGUUUUUUUAAUUCCGAGUCAUCAACUCACUAAACUCGUUCUUGACUCGACUCACCGCGACGCCAGAAGCUCGGAGGAACAGAAACGGAAACAAUGUCGUCGAGAGACACCAACGGAGGCGCUCUGCCGACGAAGAAGCUGGCAAGCUUAGAGAGAGGCGAAGAAGACGAUUCUCCACCAUCGUCGAAGAGAGAUUCCCAGAAAGCGCGGGAAGAUUCGGAAUCAGACUCGGAAACGGAGAGAAAGCACAAGAGCAGUUUGAGGAGGAAAUCGCGACGAGAUAGUUCGGAUUCAGAGGAUGAGAAAUCGCGUAGGAGGAAGAGGAAGUCGUGGAGGAGGUACAGCAGCGACGAGAGCUCCGAUUCCGGUUCGGAUUCGGAGGAGGGAGAGUCGGAGAGUUCAGGUUCGGAGUAUUCGGAUUCGGAGUCGGAGAGCGAAGGAGAGAGGAGGGAGAGGAAGAGGAGAGAGAAGCGAAGGAGGAGAGAGAAGGAGGAAGAGCGAGAGAGGAGGAAGAGGAAGAGGGAGAAAGAGAAGAAGAGAAGGAAGAAGGAGAAGGAGGAGGAGAGAAGGAAGAAGGAGAAGCGGAAGAUGAAGAAGAAAGAGAAGAAGGAGAGAGGGAAGAAAGGUGCAGUCACAAAUUUGUGGGGAAAAUAUGGUGUCAUAAGAGAAACUGAUAUGUGGACCAAACGACCAGAGUUCACUGCAUGGUUGGCAGAAGUAAAGCAGGUGAAUCUUGAGAAUCUGGCGAAUUGGGAAGAAAAGCAGAUGUUCAAACAAUUCAUGGAGGAUCACAACACAGCUACCUUCCCUUCCAAAAAGUACUACAACCUCGAUGCUUAUUACAGGCGUCAAAUGGAAAAGGAUAUGAAGAAAGGUAUUAAGAAGGUCCGGGCAUCAGAACGUACUGUUUUUAACGAUGAAGAACAGCGCAGGCAAGAAUUGUUGCAAGCACGUGAAAAGCAUAAGGAAGAGCAAGUGAUUGCUUUGAAGCACUCUAUGCAAAGUGGAAUGGCACAGGCAAUGAAAGAGCAAGCUCAACUGAGGGAGGAAAUGGCAUACCAAUACAAGCUUGGUAACUUUGAGGCUGCUGCUGCUAUCCAGAGAAGGUUGGAUCCUGAUGCUGCUUUGUAGUUGGAUAUAGCUUCCAUGAAUAAAUAUCGAGAAAAGAGCUUUCUGAUCAAAGAAUUUGGUGACAGUUUCAUGGCGAUCAUGCCUUCAUGACAAACAUCAAUGUAGAUUAUGAAUUGUUAUGGUUAUCAGGUAUGAGAUAUGCCUGGGAGGUGGGGAUGGAUUUUAUUUGUUCCGAAAGUUUUGUUAAAGGCUCACUGUUUGUGACUCAUUUUUGCUUACUGCUAUUUAGAAUUUUAGAUACUAGAAUUUUGUAGAGGUUCUGCUUUUUAGCAUGAAGUUAAGGUGGAAAAAUCAUGUUGUCUUGAACCGUAGAUCUAAGUAUAAUUUGGUUGAACGUAUGAGAAAUGAGAUAUUUUUCUAUAUCCUAAACCCUAAAGUUGAACGACCAUAUAUCAAACUGAAUUUUUGGCAUUUUGUUUUAAG